AUGGAAACUUCCACCGAUCAUAUAAAAGUUGCAGUUAGAGUCCGCCCACUUCUUCCAAUCGAUAAAAGUCAAGAUAUCAUAGUUUAUACUGGAAAUGUAAUUUCUACUUAGAACUCAGAAAUUCGUAUAAGCGAUGGAGAUCAUUAUUUAUCAUCAUCCUAUGAUAAAGUAUUUACUGCUGAAUCUUCGCAGGAUGAAAUUUUCGACUUUGUAUCUCCGAUUCUAGAACGCACAAUUAAAGGUUUCAAUUGUACAAUUUUCGCAUAUGGGCAAACCGGCUCAGGAAAAACUUUUACUAUGUUUGGAGCUGAUUGAGAAAUCAAUAAUCCUGCAGCUCAAGAUUAUUUUGAGAGAAACUCUAUUUCACGCAGACGGCCUUCAACUGGUUUGGAGCAUCCUCUUGAUAGUCCAGCUAAACAAGGGAUAAUUCCUAACUCCCCCCUCCGUGAGUGAGCAAAACCAUUAGAAAAAUCCCUAUUUUUUGCCCAAACCCACCCUCCGUAAGUGAACAAAAAAAUUAUUUUAAUAGAAAAUUUUUUUAUGGAAAAAUUUUUUGAUAUAUAAGUGAUAAUUAGAAUAAUAAAAACUAGAGCUAAUUCUGUUUAAUUUUAAACAAAUUGCUUUUUAAAACAUAAAUUUUAUAAAUUAAAUUAAUAUUUGCUUUCCAAUUUUUGCGAAUUAGAAUAUUUUAAAUUUCAAAAAAAAAUAUUUUCUAUAAAAUUUAUAUAUAAAUUUUUUUAAAAAAAAAAAAUUAAACCCCCUCCGUGAGUGAACAAAAUUUUUUUGUUCACUCACGGAGGGGGGAAGUAAGUCAAUUGCGAUGCUUUUUAAUAAAUCUGAAGGAAAGCAAUUAACUUAUUAUUCGAGUUUUUUACAAAUUUACAACGAAAAAAUAUACGAUUUAUUACAAGAUCCAAACAGAAGCAAAGCUCUUAACAUAAGAGAAAGCAAAAUAUAUGGAAUUUUCGUAGAAGGUUUAGCAGAGUUUGUAGUGGAAAGCACUGAAGAUUGCUUCAUGCUGCUAUCCAAAGGUGAUAGAAACCGUGCUGUAAGGCAAACAAGAUUUAAUCAUCACAGUAGUCGAUCCCACACAAUUUUUCAGUUAUUAUUAGAAAGUGAUAAAGCUAAUAAACGCGGAGUUUUAAAACGAGGAAAAUUAAAUUUUUGUGAUUUGGCUGGAUCUGAAAAGUAUGAUAAAGAAAAUGCUAUGGUUCAAGAUCAUAUAAAAGAACUUACCCAGAUUAAUAAGUCAUUGUCUACAUUGGGAAAAGUCAUUUACGCCCUUGGCAGUGGUAAUACUUCUCAUAUUCCUUAUAGAGACUCAAAAUUAACAAGACUGUUACAAGAUUCUCUAGGAGUCAGCACACAAACGAUUCUUAUUGCAACAGUUUCUCCAUCAGCCGGAUAUGCAGAAGAAACAAUAAGUACCUUAAAAUUCGCUGAUAGAGCUCGCAAAAUUACAAUAAAAAUCAAAAAAAAUGAAAUUUCAGCUACAAAUGAUGAACUAAUUUUAAGGCUCCAAAGAGAAAUCCAGCAUUUGAAAAGUAUUUUGAACUUAAAAAGAAAAGGAGGAAUUCAAGAACUUCAGCAAGAAAUUUGGGAGCUUAAAGAAGAAAACGAAAAAUUGAAAAAAUUAUCGGCAAAUGCCACUAUAGAAGAAGUUGAAAGACUGAAACAAGAAAAUAAAAGGCUUAAAUUAUCACUUCAAAACAAUGGAUUUCCUAGUGACUUAGAAGGCUUUUAUGUAGAAAAAAAUAAUUUCGAAAAUCAAGAAAAAAACAAUUUAGAAAACCAAGAAAAAACAGAAAAUAGGCCGCCAUCGUCAUCAGGAAGAUCUCGCAAAGAAAGCAAUAAUAUUUCUGAAUAUGGAUUUACAAAUAGGAGUUUUUCUCCUUCUGAAAACCGUAGGAGACUGUGCCCAAGAUGCAAUCAGCCACCUCCUUGCAUUCAUGUUUCUUCUUUAUCAAUUGAGCAUUCAGCUUCCACUUACCGUUCCACAAAUUCUACGGAUUCGAGGUAUAGUAAAAAUAUAAAAAUACCAAAAAACUUGCAGGUUAGAUAUAGAAUGACUAACUGCGUAAUUGAAAAUGGAGGAAUUUCUCAGGAAAUCAAAGACCAAGAAGCAAGGCAAAAGGAAAUGAAGAAAAUAAAAGAACGCUUGGGAAAAUUAGCCGAAUUAGAAUCAUAUAGAAAAGCUCAGUUCAAAAUGGAGCUUGAGAGACUGGAGGCAGAAAAAAGAAGAAAUGACGAAGAAAUCAGAAGAAAGCAAACCGAAGACGCAAAGAGAAGGAAGAUUUUAAAAGAAUUAAAAGAAAAAGUUAGUAAUCUCCUAUAAAUAAAUUGAACCUAAUAAUAAAGAUAUUUAUAAUAUACUUAUAUUUGAAAUUAUAAUUCGAAUAAUUUUAAUCCGGUAUAAUUAUAUCUAUUUAAACUGAAUUAUUACCAUUGUUCCAAUAUCUAUUUAAACUGAAUUAUUACCCUUGUUCCAAAAUAGUACGCAAUUUAUAUAAAUUCCUAUACAAAGAAUCCAAAAAGGCAGAAAAAGAAGAGGAAGAUAAAAAAUUAGAAGAUCUAAAGAGAAUGGCAGAAAGAAAAAGAAAGAAAAGAAAUGAAGAUCAAAAGAGAAAGCUUCAAGAAUUUUACGAGCGAAAAAAAGAAGCAAUGCUAGAAGAGUUAGCUGAUUAUGAAAAAAUGUAA